ACACAAGUUAGUUUGGGAUACAAUUAGUUUUUUUUAUUAAUGAAAUUUGUAAAGAGAUGAUUGUAGGAUCCUGAAUAUAUAUAUGAAUUGAAUCAGAAUCUUCUUGGCUAUGGAACUUCUCAAUGGUUUUCUCAUUAAAGGGCUAGGUUGUUACGUUCUCAUCUCUUUCUUUGAAUAUAUCCGAUUUCUUUUACAAAACCCUGCUUAAAUCAUUUAAAAACUUACCAAGUGGUAUGAGAGCCAACAUCCCUCGCCUGUGAAAAAAUUCUCUAUCAUCUUCCCAUCUUAGAAGAACAGCAAGAUGAUUCAUUUUACACAAAUAUUUUUUCAUCAUAAAAGAAGCUCACAAAUCUAAGCACCUGAAAACAAACAAACUUGAUGUAGCCUGUUUGUUUAUAUGCACCUUUCUUGUCCGCCUGAUAUGAAAAAAAGGGGGAAAAUGAGGAGGCAUCAAUUCUUCUGUCAUGUAUGUUUAAUUCAAAUAUGACAGAUGGUAUUUUGGUAUGAAAGCAGGAAGGACAACAAGAACCUUGGAGUCUAAAAUAAGUUUUUUUGAAGCAGACACUUAUGGGGUUAGGGAAUUGAAAUUGUUUUUCCAAGUCUUGAUCAAGGUCCCCUACUCGACAUGGUUUCACAAAAAGAGAAAGAUAACAGGUCAAACACAGAAAAACUAUGGCAUUUUUCUGUUGGUGAUGGCUCAGAGCAAGGACAAUGCCAAAAACGCUAAACAAGCAGUGAACCCGGCCAUCUUUCAUGACUUUCUGGGGAGAAAAUGUGCCUCCGAUGCCUCACCUUCUCCGGCAAAAGCGGCGGUAGUUGUAGUUUCCACUGGCGGUGACGGGAGGUUUACCGAUGCAUCUCCCUCAGCUUCUCUCUCCGCUGGUGGCCGUGGUCUUGUCUCUGUUACCUCCGAAGGACAAGUCUCAAAUCAUUUUGAAGGAGUCCCAUUCUACGGUUUGAGGAGUGAUCCUUUGGGGCAUGAUAUUAGCAAGCGGUUUGUGAGAAAUAAGCGAAGUAAUUCAGACUCGGGUUUUAUCACCUCUUCUGGAGACGGAUUUCAGCAAAGAGGAGGACUAGACUCCGUUGAUAGUUCUCAUUUGAUCAAGAUGCUAAGACGAACAGGAGGAGGAGGUGAGUGGCCUAGACAGACACUUGACGAGCCAUUCUUCUCGGGUAUGCAUCAUCAUCAUCAUCCAUGGAGGUCUGCUGGGCCAUCGGUUGUUUUACAGGCACCACCACUGGCUGGCAAUCGAAGCUUGAAUAUCGGCCAUCAUCCUCAUGUGAUGGGCCAAAUUACAUCUCUUGGAUGUCAACCUUCAGUUAUCAGUACUACUCCUGAUGAAGGAUCAAGGACUGGGAUUAAAGGGUCUCAGUUUCUUCUGAUGGGGGUGGGGGCGAGUAAGCAGCUGCAGCACAAGUCUAACACUUCUGAACCGGAAGCAGCCAAUUCCUCUGUUCCUACUACCAGCACUAGUCAACAACAACAUCAACAUCCAGUUAGUGGGCAGAUGACUAUCUUUUAUGGCGGUGAAGCCCAUGUUUUUGACGAUGUUCACCCACAUAAGGCUGAUAUAAUAAUGGCAUUAGCCGGGUCGAAUGGGGGAUCUUGGUCAACAACAACUUAUAACGCAUCAUCAUCAUCAAAGAAGGCAAUACUUACUCCGGCAGCAGAAUCAGGGAAUGAAAUGAAAUGAAAUGGCUAGUAGUGUAGUAGUAGUAGUUAUAAGUUGUUAUUGCUCUCUAUAUUUUUGCACAAGCUCAAUGACCUAUUUUGUACCUUUAUAAUGUUAUUAGGGGAUGUGAGUGAGAAUCUUUUUCUU